CCACUACCCUACUCGGAUUGUCGCAGAAGGCAGAACCCUAACCAUAAAGUAGUUUUAGUCUGUAACUCAUCCGAAAUGGAUCGGUCGUGAUCGAAGAAGGCAACUGAAAAGAAGCCAAAAAUUUUUGAAUUGGAUGUUGUAGCUGCUUAAAUAGUGUUGAAGUCUACUUUUAUCCAUUCAGCAGUUUGCUGAUAUGUCAGCUAAAAUGUAUGAUUUCUGGAUUAUCUUACUUCUGAGUGCCUCCUGCCCAGUCCUUGGCAGCUUCAAUAUGGAACCUGAACGAAACCCAGUUCUCCAGAGACUUGAUAUUCCAGCGCAGCUAAGCCAUCAUCACCAGGACCUACAAUUGCAAGAACAUAAGAAUAUUCCAGAUGUCACCAUAGAAGCCGGAAAACCUUUUGUUAUAAAUCUACCAUCACAGACAUCCAUGGCUGAGGUUACCGGACGUCAUGGUAAACCACUUCCACCUUGGAUGAUCUACGAUGCUACGACUCAUACUGUUCGUGGCCAACCAGCUUCUUCAGAUGCCGGUGAAUGGGAUGUUCGCGUCGAUGGCACUUCUAAGGAAGUGUUUACCAUUAGAGUGCGUCGACAGACUUUUGAUGACAAUGAUACAAAUGAAGGAUCAGGUGCACUCAUUGAAGAUUAUUCUGAACCGGACGAUUUCGAACCGGAAGGGGACGGCGAGACCAUUGCACCUGAGAAUCCAGUCAUACUAGCUCCGACGACACCACUUUUCAACGGUGCAUCCGUUGUCGCGACUCCAGUUAUGAAUACAAUUCCUAGCAUGUCAGUACAGACAACAAAAAAUAAAAACCUGACACACUCGGCUAGUAGUGGGACUGCUAGUGAACCCACCAAUCGACAGGUAGAACCGACUCCAGUUCAGGGAAUGGAAGGACCCACCGCACGUCUGCAGGACUACAGCAAUAGUUCAUUAUUUGACCCAAUUGAACCUACAUCGUCUGUAGAAGGAACUCCACCAUUGACGGAUGACUUGGACUUUUUGGGGCCAAAUUCAAUUGCAGAAUUUGACGAAGAACAUGGAAAGAGUGUGCCGAUUCCACCGGAAGUGACCAUGCGCUUACCUAGGAUUGCGGCCACAGCAGGCAAAGUGAUGCGUUAUGCAAUUCCAAUCGGGACAUUCUCUGACGUUGAAGAUGGGAACACUGCCAAUUUACACUUAGAAUUACUUUCUCAAGAUGGACAGCAGCUUGAAGAAAUAAUUUGGAUUGGAUUCAACUCAACCAAAAAAGAGAUCUACGGGUUACCUUUGGCCGAUGAUAUUGGAAAAUAUACGUUUUUGGUGCAAGCACGUAAUUCGGCUAACUUGACGGUCACGGAAUCAGUAGAGAUCCAAGUGCGUCAACAUCAAUCAGAAAGAGCGUUUAAUCACCACUACACGUUGCAGCUAGAACCCGAAUUUUCUUUGGAUGAAGAGACGUUACCUCAUGCUUACUGGAUGCUCAAAACAGUGGGUGGAUUAGCCAAAACAUUAGGUGGUGAAGAAGACUCAAUAGUUGUGCGGCGGAUAAAUGGCACCGUCAAGAAUGGACAUGCUUUUACAUUCACAUGGUCUAACGAUUCUCUGCCUCGCACACACUGCCCUGAAGACGAAAUUCAAGAACUGUUUGACCUGAUCUAUAAUCGUGAGUCUGAUGCUGUGACGGACCAGUUGGAUGUUGAAUUAGCUCCCCAACUAAGUGUUACAUUUGGAAGUGUUGAGCUUGAUGGCAUUUGUCAGCCUUUACCGACCAACCCUCCUCCUAGCAUUCCACAAAAAGAGACCAAAGCACCAAAAGAAAUGAAUCGCUCACCUUCAACACGCAACCAAGUGGACCACUUGAGUGCUGAAGUAGGUGUGCUUUUCCGUUACCAAGUACCAGCUGAUACAUUUCACGAUGAAGAGGAUGGCGAUACUCGUAUGAUGAAAUUGACUUUACAAAAUAUGAACCACAAACCAUUGGAUGCACGUUCCUGGCUCCAGUUUGACUCUCCUAAUCAAGAAUUUUACGGCUUGCCACUGGAUGGCGAUGUCGGCACCGAAGAGUAUCAGCUCUUGUGCACAGAUUCGUCAGGAGCUGUGGAAUCUGACGGACUAGUUGUGGCGGUUAAGGAAAGAUCGAAACUACCGGAAGACCAACCAUUAGUUGAAUUCUCUCUUACGAUUGACGACAAUUUCGACACAUUAAUGGGCAAAGCCAGUCGAAAAGUCCGAUUAAUUGAGGCUCUGGCCCAGAUAUUCGAUGAUCCGCUGACCAGCAACAUAAUCGUCCAAUCCUUUACUUCGGGCUCCACCAUGGUAACAUGGACCAACGCGACUUUAGUUGGCAAUGAAUGUCCGCCUAGCACGGUGAUAGUAAACCUUCGCCGAAUGCUAAUUGACAAUGAGGGCAAACUUACUCAAAGAUGCACCGACAUUCUCGUAGCCGCCGAUUUCCAACCUCUUUCUGCACAUGUGUCGCCGCUGGGCAACUGCGUCGGAGAGCUUACCCCAACUUUCGCCCCCGGUGUCGAUGAUGGAAAAACAGAAGGAGUCGAUGGACAGGCUACUGACGAUGUUUGGUCCGAUGAUUACCUUUUAACUUUCAUCGUCCCCGGCAUCAUUAUUACGGUGAUGCUUUUGCUUGCAGCUGUUAUUGCUUGUAUUUUGUACCGACGAAGACGGACGGGUAAAUUGGGUCUGGAAGAGAGACGCAGCUUCGUGUCUAAAGGUAUCCCAAUUAUCUUCGCCGAGGAACUUGAGGAGCGACCCAGCGGUCGCCAUCCGGCCAAAGCGCCUGUCAUUCUCAAGGAGGAGAAACCGUCCCAGCCGCCUGAUUACCAUAAGGUGCGCUCCUCUGCUAGCCCGUAUGCAUCGCACAAAGCAGCCGAGCAGCACGACUUGCUCCGUACGCCGUCAGACGAGGCGGAAGAGGAGCCAGACACUCUUUACCAACCGCCGCCGCCUUUGUCAGCCGGCCGCGAUUCCUCAUCGUCACGCUAUUCGCGACCCAAGGCCACUCCCGCCUAUAGAAAACCACCUCCUUAUGUUCCACCCUAAGGUUUCCUAAUCAGCUGCCAGAAUUCUAUAAUUGCUUCUUUUUCAAUUCUUCUAACAAUUUAGAUAGACUCUUACCAUUAAAACUAGAUUUUUUUUCCUGCUCCUUCAACCGAGCGUAUGUGUUACUCU